UUUAUUAUUUGUUAUUUGUGGAGGGUCUUGGAAGAUGCUUUAUAUCCUUCCCAUCAGGCAAGGCUUCAUAAGGAAUCUUCUCUGUCUUUAUAAUAGCUCUUUUCACACAAGCUAAUCUCAGCACUCAAGAAGAAAACAACAAAAAAACCUAUGAAAAUGGGUCGUUUCGAAGGAUUCUAUCUUAGUGGUGUUCUGAACAGCUUCUUGUUGUUCUGUAAUGGUGGCACAACAAGUAGGUAUGUCAGCAGGUUAGAGGCAACGGCUGAUAUGCCACUCGAUAGUGAUGUAUUUCAUGUAGAAAGAAGCACAGCAUAUCAGCCCUGGAUUUGGACCGUAGGAAGCCAUGAACUUGAUUUUGCCCCCCAGAUUGGAGAAACCACACCAUUUAAGCCAUUCAAGCAUAGGUACCGUACUCUUCACCGAUCAUCAGGCAGCACAGAACAAGUCUGGUACUCUAUAAAGAGAGGUCCAGCUUACAUAAUCGUGCCGGCUUCAUAUUCAGCAUACGGUAAAUACACACCGGAGUACAUGUGGCUUGAACAAGAAUUCCCAAAGGUCAACAGAACAGAAACGCCAUGGUUGAUUGUUCUGUUGCAUUCACCGUGGUACAACAGCUACGUUUACCAUUACAUGGAAGGAGAAACCAUGAGAGUGAUGUAUGAGCCAUGGUUCAUCAAGAACAAAGUAGAUAUUGUUUUUGCGGGUCACGUCCAUAGCUAUGAAAGAUCUGAACGUAUAUCCAACAUUGCGUACAAUGUGGUUAAUGGAAUUUGUAGUCCAGUGAAAGAUCUAUCUGCUCCUGUAUAUAUCACCAUUGGUGAUGGAGGCAAUCUUGAAGGAUUGGCUACCAUAAUGACUGAGCCUCAGCCUAAGUACUCUGCCUUCAGAGAAGCGAGCUUCGGACAUGCUAUAUUCUCGAUAAAGAACAGGACGCACGCUUACUAUGGUUGGCACAGGAACCAGGAUGGCUGCGCUGUGGAUGGUGACACCAUGUGGUUCUUUAAUAGAUUUUGGCAUCCCAUUGAUGACUCUCCUGAUGAUGAUUCUUGAUGAGAACAUUAGUAUCUUAUUUGUAUGCAUCAAUUUUAUUGUACAUGUCCUUGUUCUAGAUCAAACAGCGAAAGUGUAUGCAAAGAAUUAGAUCAAUAGACAAAUACAGAAACUACAGAUUUUUUGGUAUUUGUAACUGUUUCGGUGUAUCUAUUCUGGUUUAGAGAUUA